AUGGACCAGAAACUAGAAUCAAUUAGUGAAGAUAUUAAUAAGGCAAAUAGACAACUGAAUAGUGUAAAUGAAAAAGUAAACAAUGUAGAAUCUGAAGUGAAUUCUUUGAAGAACUUUGCUGUUACUGAAUUACAGCUAGUUAACAAAUAUGUUGAUGUAAUCAACAAACGAGUAAAAAGAACAGAAAACAUUGUUAUUGACCAAAUCAACAGACGAAAAUCAGAGUUGCACAAUAUGCAAACUUAUACUGGAACCAAAAAUAAUUUCAUUGAUGAGAAACUAAAAUUAAAUUCUAUACUUGUUUCAGAACCAAUUUCUUCAUUAAACAGCAAAGUGAAUGAAGUAUCUAAUAAUCUUCAAACAGUCAACUCUAAAGUUGUAAAUUUAGAGACUAAUAUGUUUAAUAGUAUAUAUAAUGGUAACAACAUGUUUCAGAACAAUCGCAAUAACAUUAUUAUGAAAAUUUUUCUGGGUGGUUUUAAAUUACACCCUGUUGAUUAA